CGCCGCGGCAGACGCGGGAGCCAAACUUACGCACCGCGGAGCUACCGCGGAGCGAGAGCGGCCCCGCGCCGGCCGCACCCCCGAAGAGCCCAUGGAGCCCGGGUGUCCAGCUAGAGCAGAGCAGCCCCCCCGGCGCUGAGACGAUGGCGACCAGCCCGCUGCCCGGCCCCACCGAUAUCUUGCUGCCGUCGCCGUCCAGCGCGUACCCGCCGGACCCCAUGAGCCAGCCGAGGGCCGGCCACGCCGCCAUGAAGCCCAACCAGGUGGGGCAGGUGAUCCUCUACGGCAUCCCGAUCGUCUCCCUGGUCAUCGACGGGCAGGAGCGGCUGUGUCUGGCACAGAUCUCCAACACCCUCCUCAAAAACUUCAGCUACAACGAGAUCCACAACCGGCGGGUGGCCCUGGGCAUCACCUGCGUGCAGUGCACUCCGGUGCAGCUGGAGAUCCUGCGGCGGGCCGGGGCCAUGCCCAUCUCCUCCCGCCGCUGCGGCAUGAUCACCAAGAGGGAGGCAGAACGGCUCUGCAAGUCCUUCUUGGGGGAGAACCGGCCCCCCAAAUUGCCGGAUAACUUCGCCUUCGACGUAUCCCACGAGUGCGCCUGGGGAUGCCGCGGGAGCUUCAUCCCGGCCCGCUACAACAGCUCCCGGGCCAAGUGCAUCAAGUGCAGCUACUGCAGCAUGUACUUCUCGCCCAACAAGUUCAUCUUCCACUCCCACCGCACCCCCGACGCCAAGUACACCCAGCCUGACGCCGCCAACUUCAACUCCUGGCGCCGCCACCUGAAGCUGACCGACAAGAGCCCCCAGGAUGAGCUGGUCUUCGCCUGGGAGGAUGUCAAGGCUAUGUUCAACGGCGGCAGCCGCAAGCGCGCCCUGCCGCCCGCUCCGCCAGCCCCCGCCGCCGCCGCCCCCGCCGCCUGCCACCCGCUGGGCUCGGUGAAAGCGGCGGCGGUGGUGGGCGGCGGGCUGCUGAGCCCGCACCUCCUGGCCGCUCCGCCCGACCUGCACCAGAAGCGGCCGCGCUUUGAGGAGGACGAGGAGCUGCAGGAGGCGGUGGCGGCGGCGCACGGCGGCAAGAGCCCGCGGAGCUACCCCGUCAUCCCGGUGCCCAGCAAGGGCUCCUUCGGCGGCAUGCUCCAGAAGUUCCCCGGCUGCGGCGGGCUCUUUCCGCACCCCUACGGCUUCCCCGCCGCCGCCUUCGGGCUCUGCCACAAGAAGGAGGAGGGCGGCGGCGGCGAUGCCCUCGGCGGGGCGGCCGCGCACAAGGCCGGCGGCGGGGCGGCGGCGGCGGGCGGCGGGCUCUCGGGGCUCUUCUGGCCGGGCAGGAAGGACGCCGCCUUCUACCCGCCCUUCUGCAUGUUUUGGCCGCCGCGCACCCCGGGCGGGCUGCCGGUACCCACCUACCUGCAGCCGCCGCCGCAGCCCCCCGGCGCCCUGGGAUGCUCGCUGGGGGGGGACGGGGCGGGCCUGCUGCGCCAGGCUUUCCUGGACCUCGCCGAGCCCGCCUCGCCCGCGGCUUCCGACGGGGGCAGCGGCGGCGGGGGCGGGCGGGUCCCCCCGCACCAUCCGCACCUGCUGGAGGCGGCGGGCGGGCGCAAGGCGGGCGGUGGCUACCACCACUCCAGCGCCUUCCGCCCGCCGCCGCCGCCGCCGCCCCCCGAGGAUGCGGGAUGCGAGAGGCACCCGCAUCCUCCGCACGCCACGCACCGCCUCCUCUCCCCCGGAGGCACCAGCUGCAGCUUCGCCAGCGAAGAGAGCAGCGAGGAGGAGGAGGACGAGGAGGAGGAAGACGAGCCCGAGGUGGACGUCGAGGGGCACAAGCCUCCCGAGGAGGAGGAAGAGGAUGAGGAGGAGGAGGGCGAGGAAGAGCCCCGCGGCGGAGACCCCUUGGCGGUCGGCGGCCGCUUCCCACCCGCCCGGGGGCUGCCGGAGAAGGGCGGCCGGGAGCGCCCCGCCGCCGGCCCCUUCCCCCGUCCGCCCGUCCAGGAGAAGCCGGGGGAUGGUCAAGCCCCGCCGCAGCCGCCUGCCGGGGCCCCGCGGGCGGGCAGCGGCGGCAGCAGCCCGGCUCAUCACCCGGCGCCCGAGGAGCAGCCCCUCUACAAGGAUAAUCAGAAGAGCAAGGAGGGUAAUCAGGUCAUCUUGCCUACGAAGGAGGACACCUUCUCAGAUAAGAACAAGGAGCAUAAUUUUUUCAUCACAGAUUCAGAGCCUUCAGGAGGAGACUUCUGGAGAGAUAUAGCAGGAGAACACACACAAGAAACCAAUUCACCUCAUUCUCUGAAGAAGGAUGUAGAAAAUAUGGGGAAAGAGGAACUCCAGAAGGUUUUGUUUGAGCAGAUUGACCUACGGAGGAGGCUGGAACAGGAAUUCCAGGUGUUGAAAGGAAACGCAUCUUUCCCAGUCUUCAAUAAUUUUCAAGAUCAGAUGAAGCGGGAACUGGCGUACAGAGAAGAAAUGGUGCAGCAGCUACAAAUCAUUCCCUAUGCAGCAAGCUUGAUCAGGAAAGAAAAGCUCGGUGCACACCUCAGCAAAAGCUAAAGAAGCACAGGAGCUUUUGCAGCUGUUACCUUAUAAGUUAUAACCCAGUCAGAAACCUGACUUGUAUAUAGACUGUGAAAUGGAAGUGUUUGGGGAUCUAAAUAAAAAAAAAAUCAGGUUCCUCUGAACCUAAGGACAAGUGACCUCAUAGUAUCAUGGACAACCAUGUCAAAUAGAAUGUAGCAGCCAUUUAUUAGUAAACACAAAACAACAAAAAAAAUGCCUGUCCUUGAUUUUUUUUUUUUUUUGGUGGUACCAAAGUUUAAGUCUUUGUGUUUUUAGAAGGACUAUUGAGCUUGAUAGAAAAAAAUGCUUUUGAAUCAUGCAGAUAAGCUGUGAAAGGAACUGCUGGUCCUUUCAAUGCCACAGACACUGACAACAUCUGCCAGUUCACCUUUUGCUUUGGAAUAGUGAUUGUUUUAUGGAAGGAAAUGAACGUCUCACCAGAUGGGCCAGAACCACGUUUGGAUGGACGGGCGGACGGAUGGAUGGAUGGAUGGAUGGAUAGAGCAGAGUUAGCCAUACACAGUGCUUUUUAAAAGCAGUCUGGAGAUUCUCACACCCCUCUCCCUCAUCCCUUUCCUCCUCUGGUAUUUUGCCUGCUGUAUGAAUUACGAUUGUACUCCUCUGGAAAUAUUUUACAAUUUAAUAUUGAGUGUAAUUAAGAAUAUAAUCACUGUUAUCAAAAAAGGUAUUUAACUCUGUUGUAGUUUCUUUAUCAUUCAUGUGGAUAAAAAGUCUAUAAUAAAAAAAAACCAGAAAAGUAUGAGAUAAUA